AUGAAGCUGAGUAGUCUAGGUCUGACACCAUCGUCAUCAUGCUAUCUGUUACACUUUAAGAACUGUAGAAUAUUGUUAGAUUGCUCAUUGGAAUGUACUUCUUUGUUACAAUUCUUACCAGUGUCACCUGUUGUUAAUUGCAAGUCAACGGCAACAUCGACAUCUACAGCAUCUACCGCAUCAACAUCAUCGACGUCAACAACAGAUAACUCAUUGAAGAAUAGUAGUUGUUUCAAGAGUAUCAAUAACAUUGUAUAUAUAGACGCUGGCAUCAAGUAUCAUACGCCACAGUUCGAUCUCAUUGACUUUGCCACUGUGGACAUCAUCCUGUUGUCCAACUACACCAACCUCUUUGCACUGCCAUACAUCACCGAGUACACCUCAUUCAAUGGCAAGAUCUAUGCAACCGAACCCUCAGUCCAGCUUGGCAAACUGCUACUGGAUGAGAUGAUACAGUAUGACAAGCACAACAAGACAUCGAGGAAUCAACAUUGGCAAUCGAGUAGCUUACUUAAACAGAUUGGCGCAGCACAGGCUCACAGUGCCUUCAAGUAUGCGCCACACUGGCGCGAGCUAUACAACAACUUGGACACAGAGAAGUGCUUUGAGAAGGUACAAACAGUGCGCUUCAAUGAGCAUCUUCACUUCUACGGAUUCUCAAUCAGAGCUGUUAGCUCUGGAUACUGCUUGGGCGGCUCAAACUGGAUUGUCGAGUCAAGCUCAGAGAAGUUUGUUUACUUGUCCGACUCAUCACAUUAUAGCUCUCGCUAUCCUGAACCAUUGGAUCGCGAAUCAAUUGCCAAGCCGGACGUGCUCCUCGUUGCCAAAAUGGCACAGUAUCAGUUGCCAUUUGGUGAUGCCAUCCAGGAGUUGUUGUCAACAAUUGGCAGUACAUUGAGCAGUGGUGGAAACGUUCUGAUACCUACCUACUCAUGUGGUACGGUGCUCGAUCUGUUCGAACCGCUCUCCGAGUAUCUUAGCAAGGUCGGACUGACAUUUGCCAACAUGUACUACUGCUCCCCUGUAUCAAAGUCCGUGUUAUCAUAUGCUGACAUCUACUCCGAGUGGCUGAGUCGGGCCAAGAAGGAGCGAUCAUACAUGCCCGAAGCACCAUUCCUCCAUCAAGACAUGAUACGCAAUCAACACUUCACUCCACUUCAACAUAUAUCCUCAAACUUCCUUCCAAAGGAUGGAAGUGUUAUGUUUGUUGGACAUCCAUCAUGCAGAAUGGGAGAUGUUGUACAUAUGAUCAACCUCUGGGGGGAGAAUCCAAAGAACGCCAUACUCUUCAUUGAACCGGAAUACGACUUUAAGAAGACACUGUUACCAUUUGGAAAUCUACAGUGUCGUGUUCAGUUCAUCCCUAUCGAUCCACGUCUAGGCCAUUCAGAGGCCAAUGAUCUAAUCCAGGAACUAUCCCCAAGCACACUAUUAAUACCUUAUCAAUACCAAUAUGCACUAAAGAACAAACAAUCGAAUGGAAGAGAAGGCGUGACGACUAUACUCAAUCCAACUGAUGUGAUCAAGGUCCAAUCAAACAAUCGACAACGUUUCGAACAUGGACAUAUAGACAGUUCACUGGCACAACAGAUACAACCCAAGACACUCUUUGAGAACAACACUUCCAAUAAUGGCGAAGACAGCAUCACGGUGGCACAAGUUGAGGCUGUUCUAUCACUCAAUGACAGUCAAUACGUCCUGUCCAACCCUACAUUCUCCGAUCGUAGUCGUCUAUCCCACUGGAAGGAGAAGCUAUUGUGGGGAACACUCUCUGUAGAAGCGAUCAUCAAGCAACUCGGUGUCAAGGGAUUCAAGAAUGUUACGACAGACAUGGAGAGUGAGUCGAGUAGACUCAACUCCAAUGCAUCGGCAACCAUUACAAUCAGACAUGUUGUGGCUGGCAAACAGGAGGAGACCAUCGUUCGACUGUCACCAUCCAAUGCUAGCAUCGAGACCUGCAGUGAGGAGACCAGAAGAACCAUUAUGGAUAUCAUCGCAGAGAGUUUAAUAAACUUGUGA